CGCCUGCGUGGUUGCUGGCUGGGAAAGAUGGCGCUGAACCUGAGUCGGAAUGGGCCCGCUCUGCAGGCUGCCUACCAGGAUGUGGUCAAUGAUAAGACCAGUACUGACUGGGCCCUUUUUACUUAUGAAGGCAACAGCAAUGAUCUACGGGUGGCAGGAACUGGAGAUGGGGGUCUUGAGGAGUUGGUAGAAGAACUAAACAGUGGAAAAGUGAUGUAUGCUUUUUGUCGAGUGAAAGACCCCAACUCGGGAUUGCCCAAAUAUGUCCUCAUCAACUGGACUGGUGAAGGAGUGAAAGAUGCCAGGAAGGGGUUGUGUGCCAAUCAUGUCAGCACUGUGGCCAACUUUCUAAAGGGUGCCCAUGUUACUAUUAAUGCUCGUGCCGAUGAGGAUGUGGAACCUGAGGUGAUCAUUAAUAAAGUGGCCAAGGCCUCGGGUGCUAACUACAGCUUUCAUAAGGAGAGCUCCCGCUUCCAGGACACUCAGCCACAGGGACCUGUGGGUUCCGUUUAUAAGAAGACUAAUGCAAUGUCAGAAAUCCAAAGUGCGAACAAAGCAAGUUUCUGGGCACAGACCCAGAUAGAUGAAGAAAAGCGAAGAGAAGAAGAUAAAAGGAAGAAGGCGCUGGAACAGGAGGGCUUAGAAAAGGAAAGGAAGGAGAGGGAACGCAGAGAGUCUGAGCUGAGGGAGCAACGCUUCAAGGAGAGAUCUAGUCAGAUCGACCAACAAAAGACAUUCCAGAAGAAGCAAGAUUCACAGAGCAGAGAGUAUGAGAAACAGCGCUGGAAAGAGCAAGAGCAGGAAUACCAGGCAGAGAUGCGCAAAGGCUUUAAGAGAAGUCAGUCCAUCGAGAAGGCGACGGAGGCUGCAUCCAUCAUUUCCCAGAGAUCGGUGAAUCCGAAGGAACUGUUCAAGGAACGCGAACGUGGUAUGGCAGGAGAUUCCUCUUCCCUCAGUGGAAGUGCGCAGCCAGGUAAGCUCAGGAGCCCCUUCCUGCAGUCCCAGAUCAGCCAGCCAGAGUCCCCACCCUCACCGGUCCAUUCAGCAGCCCAGUCAGCACCCCAAGACACUCAAAAUGCUCCAGAAGCCCAUCCAACAGAAGAAGAGCCUCAAACAGAGUGGAAUGAUGAGAAGGUUGACAGUAAAGAAGGUUAUAGCUGGCAGUUCCACCAUUCUGAAACUUUAGAGCAGGACGAUACAUACGAGGAUCCGGAUGCAUGUGUGCAACAGCAAGACAGCUCCAAGCUUCUUGAUGCAGAUGCUGGAGGUCAGGUGGCUGCCAAGGAUGACAAUUCAUGCCAACCUGUGGCAGAAACUCAAUAUCAAGGACUGUGUGCCCGGGCUCUCUAUGAUUACCAGGCCGCUGAUGAAACAGAGAUUUCGUUUGAUCCAGAUGACAUCCUGACCAGCAUCGAGCAGAUUGAUGAGGGCUGGUGGCGGGGUUAUGCAGUGGAUGGCAGUUUCGGUAUGUUUCCAGCGAACUAUGUGGAGCUCCUGACUGGUUAGUCAGCGCACAGAGCGUUGACCUUGCUGAUGGUGCCCAAACCACUAUCUUAUCAGCAUCAACAAGAUCUUUUCAAUCACCAAUUGCAAGCCAAAUCUACUGAGUGCCUCGAGCUUUCCUUUCUCAUUUUAACAGGGAAGGGCUGUGGGUGGGAAUUUGAUCACGGGAUUCAAGUUUUCAGUCUUAUUGUUUGAAAGUACUGGCUUAGUAACCACUAGAGGGCUGUAUUCUCCCAUGUACCCAUGCCCUCACUCCCGUCUUUGUUAUCCUGACCCAUGCACUGCUUUGUCCAGCCCUCACUUGGCCCCCAAAGUUAUUCAGAGGAUGUAACUGGCCAGGGCCCAGUUGGGUGGUGCAGUAUUGGGGGUCUGUCAGAGUGCUGAAAGCCAUGGAACAGGGAAGGACUGGAGUGGGGACUUAACCAGUGACUCUCAAGACUCGUCCGGACCAAGAAAAGACAACUUAAUGGAUGGUGGGAGAACUUUCACAUUCUUGUACAUUUGUCUAAUCAGAUUUUCUUUGUGCUAAUUAAGAGGGCUGCAAACUUAGCAUCUUGCUGUACUGCUGGGCUAAUGGCUUUGUCUGAAUGGUGACACAAAACUGAAGUACUGUACAUGAUGGGAAUCUGAAAUAGAGUGACAACUGCAGGGUCAGAGAGAUUGAAUAAAUACUUCUGUUUAAUGGCCUUUCACUGGAAUUGGAAGCUGCUUGGUCCGGCAGUGGAGGAGAAGCAGAUUCAAGACACAUUCAGAAUCAGAGUUGAACAGCAACGUCAAUCAGUGUUAACCUCUGUGUUACUCCUCCAGCAGAAUCACAACAAUGGGAGUACAGUCACACCCAAUUGUGUUCAUCUUCUCCAUGUGUCCAUGUCCAUACCUUAACAGUUCCUCUCCUCAGUAUUAGUUGAGCCACAACUACUUGCUUGCAGGAGAAAAUUAAAGUUUUCCAGGCAUUGGCACUGUUCCUUCUGUUCAAUGCUGGGGCUAGGGGGGAUUUAAGAGAAUCCUGGGGCGGAAUCAACUGCAACAAGCUCUCUCCCAUUUCACCCCUGUUUGGGUGUUGAGACUUGGCCUGCUCAGCCUUCACUGACCACAGUGUUUGUGAGUUGUGUGUUAGAUUAGUGAGAUUGUGCUGACUGAAAAAUGUGGCCUUUAUCUGGGUUUUAAUUAAGACUGUCUAAAAUGUUAACAAUUGUGAAUCCUGAGUUUUUUGAAAUGAUUUUUUAAAAACGUGAAUCAUGCUAAUGCAAAAUAGGAAUUGUUACUGGAGUAUCUCACAGGCGUGUGACUGGCAGUAUUCCUUACAUACCCCACGGUAUUUGGAUCUGGUAUACGGUAUCUGGAGUGAACCACGAUGAGUUUGUGACAAACUAGGAAUAUUUACCAACUCAAUCUCUUCACUUCUUUGCUUUCCUGAAAGUGUCACUUGUUGCAUUGUCAUGACUAAAGGUGUUUUUUCUUGGGGGUCCUGGUCUUCCUGUUUGUAUUUGUAUGUAGGAAUAAAAAGCAAUGAGGUGAAAAUUCUGUGCUCUGCUCCUCUCAUGAGUAGAUAUUCCCAAAGUUACUGUGUCCUGUUUAUUCUUCAAAGAGUUUGAAUAUUAUAAAAUCUACUGCACUGUGA